AUGCUGCAGCUCGACAAGUAUCGGUUUUUGUUGCAGAACGCGAAAAGCAACCUGGGCCAAUCAGAACGCAGGAAAGAAUUGUGGCUUGCUGUUGCAAAAUUGAAUGCCACUAUUGUGAUUGUGGCAAUAUUGAUUGUGAAGGUCUCCUCGCCGACAGUCCUUAGCCCGCGCUUUUGUGACAGUUAUGCCGUGUGUGAAACCAAAAAUGCAUAUCCAGGAGCGCGUAGAAAUGAAAAGCCUUUGAUCCUCAUGACACCCCAGUACCUCACUUUCAAACUUAUUCUGUAA